ACGAAGAAUUACCCAUUGGAGGCGAAAACGAUCAAGAGCUGAUGUUACUAGCUUGUGAGCCGCACCCGGCGUUGUAAAGGAAAACCAUGGCAGGCCUUCUUUGGUAUGGUUACCGCUCCGAAUCGGUUGAUGAUUAUCCGGGAGUGCUCGUUCCACUCGAGCAGGCACAUCUACACAGCCACUCGUCCAGAUCCCGUCCGCCUUCUGAUCUAGACGAUGCUGUACUCGGUUAUGAUGACGAGGGCGGCCAUCGUCACAAGGACCCAGCCGACGAUGAGGACACGGGCAUGUUGCUAGAAAUGGGGACGGAACCUGAGUACAGCAUCGAGGGCUUUAGGAGAGAGGUUCGCCGUGGAAACAAGGGCGGCGAGAAGUGGACAGACUAUGAGAUGAAAUCAAAGCUCAUUAACAAAGCCGUUCAGGACAUUGGAAUGGGGAGGUACAACUGGCAACUAUUUGUCUUGUGUGGUUUUGGCUGGUUUGCCGACAAUUUAUGGAUGCAAGGCAUCUCUCUCACCCUCCCAUCACUAUCAGCCGAGUUCGACAUAUCAGAGAAGACCGUUCGCUACACCACGUCCUUCCUAUUCGCCGGUCUCUGUGUUGGCAGCUUCAUCUGGGGGAUCGGGUCUGAUGUCCUAGGUCGACGCCUCGCCUUCAACGCAACUCUGUUUAUCACCGCCAUCUUCGGCAUCGCCUCUGCUUUUGCAACAAGCUGGGCUGGUGUUUGCUUCCUCUACGCAGCUCUUGGCUUUGGCGUUGGCGGUAAUUUGCCCGUUGAUGGGGCCCUCUUUCUCGAAUUCUUGCCCGACGCCUCCAGCUCCCUGCUGACGCUUCUCUCUGUCUGGUGGCCCAUCGGCCAACUCUGCUCAUCAUUGCUGGCCUGGUAUUUCAUCGGCCACUUGCCCGCCGAGCAAGGAUGGCGACACUUUGUGUUCAGCAUCGGCAUCAUCACCUUGAUUAUGUUCCUCGUCCGUUUCUUCAUUUUCCACCUAUACGAGUCUCCCAAGUUCCUCCUCUCAAGCGGCCGACAAGCCGAGGCAGUGGCCGUCGUCCACGGAAUCGCCUUCCGCAACGGUCGUAAGACGUGGCUGACUGAGGAGAUUCUCGAUGCUGUUGUCGAUGGACUAUCAUCCCUAUCCCCAGCUACUCCUCGACGCCGCCAGCAUGUGACCCGACAACGACUAUCGACCGCCAACAUCAUCAAGCAGCGCUUCGCCUCUUUCUCAAGCAAUCGUCUCCGCCCACUCUUCAGCAGUCGCAAACUCGGUCUGACUACCGUCCUGAUUUGGUUCUGCUGGGCGACCAUUGGCAUGGGAUACCCCUUAUUCAACGCCUUUCUCCCACAGUAUCUAUCCCACGGCGGCAACAACGGCGGGCAACAACCAGCACCGGAAACAAGCACUAACAUAGACAGUCCAGAAACCAUCUCAGCCGAAACCUACCGCAACUACGCCAUAACCUCCAUCGCAGGAGUUCCGGGUAGCCUGCUCGCCGCCUACGCUGUGGACAUGAAUUCGCCCUUCUUCGGUCGUCGUGGAACCCUGGCCCUCUCAACGCUCGUCUCCGCUAUCUUCCUGUAUCUGUUCAUCAAGUUCGGUACCACAUCGGCUGCCCUCCUCACGUUCUCGUGUAUUGAGGCGUUCGCGCAGAACAUCAUGUAUGGCGUCCUGUACGCUUUCACGCCCGAGAUCUUUCCGGCACCGGUCCGGGGGGCGGGCACGGGCGUGGCGAGUUUCUUGAACAGAGUGACGGGCUUAGUAGCACCGAUUUUGGCGGCGACGGUGCCGGGCGAUGGUAGGACCACGCCGGUGUAUCUGUCGGCGGCGCUGAUUCUGGCGGCGUUUGUAGGGAUGGUGUUGAUUCCUAUUGAGACGAGGGGUAGGCAGAGGUUGUGAUGUUAUGGUGAGGUGAUGGCUGGAUGGGUGGUGGAAGAGAUCGUCAGAAGAGUCAUGAAAAAUGAGGACCGGGAGAACAUUAUUUCCCAUCACAGACAGAAGUGUUGGGUAGGACAGGCAUCAAGGAAGACGUUAUGGAGGUGAACAGGCACCGUCAAUGAAUGCACAGCAAAUGCCUUUCAGAUGGUCAUAAGCCCAGUCAUGCUUGACUGACCGCUUUGCUGAAAUAAUCUCAAAUGUAAAUUGAAAAGAAAUGUGAACUAGAACCUGCUACAACAUCAUCAACAACGUCUCACUUCGUUCCCCUCGCUCCAGCCGGCGCAUCCACCCUCCUCCUCUGCAACCCCCUCCCCAAAGCAUCCCUAACCAUCGGGUCAUUCUUAAUUGUAUUCUGCACCAACCACUCCUUGAUCUUCCCCCUCAUACUGCUCAGCGCCUCCUGGUCCCCCGCAAACGGCGCCAUCUCGAGCUCCACCAACCUCGACAUAUCCUGAUCCAGCCCUCUAAUUGUCAUCUCCAGCCUCUCCAGUCCCUGCUUCAGCAGCUCCUCCUGAUCGCCUCCUCCCGCCCCAUUGUUCUUCGCAACCAACUGCCCACUGGACGUAUCCGCCGUCAACAACGGGCCGAUCUGCGAAAUAGCAAUAUACACCGUGACGCUAACCUUCCUCAUCAGCGCCACCGCCUGGAAUGGCAAAUAAUACCUGCC